GCUACCCCGGGAUGAAGGGUGUCCCCCCCGACGAGGGCAAAAUGGACUUGACCCAAAUACCUGUGUCUGGGCAGUUAAUUUCUGACUAUGGUUAUGGAUGGAUGUCACCUCCUCCUCCUCCUUUCAUCCUUCAAUCCAUUCUUCCUGACACUGACACCCGUGUCAUCCCCACAGUGACUUCUGUCGUCAAAAAUAUCAUGGCGGAGUGUCUUACUGUAAUGUCGGGAGAUUUUUUAACCGUUUACUAUGAAGAUCAGUCCUGAGAAAUCACGUAUUGCUUUUUGGUGCUUCUAUUUCCCUGCACAAAUUAUUUCUCGUUGAAAUUAUUUUAGGAGAGAUUAGCCAAAAUAAUGCAUUUAUUUUGGGAGGUAUAGCAGAUAUGUUUGGCAAUUUGAGCAGCUAUGGCAGGCAAUACUCACCAAGACACUGCCAUUCCUUCAUCUGUAGGACGGCAGUUAUCACAGGAGACUGACUCCGUUGACAUAGAUGAUGGGGAACUUUGGAAUCAUAGGCGGCUUCAGCAACAGGUGGGAUAUUUAAGCCUAGGUGGGGGCUUCAGUGGAGGAUUAUCACCACAACCUUCAUCAAGUGCAGAAUGUGAACGUCGUGUGAGUCCCUUAGACCCCAAUCUGUCAUCAGCAGCUCGAUAUUCUCCACCUCCACCGUACAACAGUCCUUUAGCAGGAAUAGAAGCAUCACUGGAACAUCCUGAUUCUCCAAUGGAAGAUCUGUCCAAUGCUAGUUCCCUUCCUAGUCUACCAGCUGGUGUAAGCAGUAGUAUAUCCAGUGCUACGGAAAGCCUCGCAGUCUCUGAUGCACACAGAUUACCACCUUCCUCAGUUGGACGAGUGUCAGCAAGCAGAAGCAAUAGCUUAGUACCUGCUAACAGUCUGUUUGCAACACCACCAGUUUUAUCACGAUCCCAACCAAGGUGGGCUUCAGCUGAUGUAAUUGAUGAUGACGAUGAUGAUGAUGAUGAUGAUGACGAUGAUGAUGAUGAUGUUGAUGAUGACGAUGACGAUGAUGUUACUGUAAGUCCGUCAUUGGGUGAAAGUGUAUGGGCCAAACAGAAGAGAUUAGCUUUGAGUAAUAUUGUAGACAGUGGUAUUUCUCAACCAGGUUCUAGUGGACUUCAGACUGUGGCAAGAGUCAGCCCUAGUGGUCUUCAGAGUAUGUCUCGACCUGGUCCAAGUGGUCUACAGAGUAUGCCUCAGCCUGGUCCAAGUGGUCUUCAGGCUAUACUCCAACCUUGUUCUAGUGGAAUUCAGGCUAUCUCUCGGUCAGGCCCUAGUAACCUUGUAGCUAUGCCACAACCUAGUCCAAGUAUUCUGCAAGCUGUACCCUCUAGCCAUCAAGUUCUUCCUCGACAUCAGAGAUCAGAUUCUUCAGAGAGUGAUGCUGAUGACAGUAAUGAUGUUUCAGAAAAUUUACCACAGCUCAGUUCAACUCCUGGUCCAUCAGGUAUUAGAAAUAGAUUAGUUCGGCUCAGUGAUGGAGAAGCAGAGGCACUUAAUGGCACUGCAUCUGGUUGUGAAGCCAGCAGUAGUGUCAGGGGUAAUGUGUCUCCUUUAGGAUCACCCAGCACACCUACAGAUAACUGUAUUGUAUCAUCAUCUACAGGACAUAUUGAUUCUAUACCUCCAACACCUGCAGAGUUUCAGGGCAAUGAUGUGUCUGGUCCCAGCAGCCCAGUCUCUCCAAGUCUGGUAAGUGCUGCUAUACUUGAUUCAACUGUUGAUUCCACCAGUGGUCGAGGAAUCAUGGACCCAGAAGAGGAGACAUCUGAUGAUGAUUCAGAUGAUAAUCUAGUACCAACAGAACAGAUGCAGCUAACAGUAAUGGGGCAUGGAGAUGAAAUAUCAACAUCAGAAGUUGGUUUGCAACACAGUGAUGACAGUCAGGAUGUUGCACUACUUGUCAGUCCUCAGGGAAUGUUCACAAGUGGAAGAGCUAGUGCUAAUCGUUUUAUAGAGCAUUUUUCUCUUUCUCUCUCUCACUUCUCCAGCAAUGCCUUAGAUGCCAGUUUAUCUGGAGUGGUGGGUGAGCAGCGUUCUCCCCCUAACACUCCACCACCCCCUGAUCCAGGGCCAUAUCUUAAUGAUCCUCUGGAUAUCCCAAGACCCAGCACACCUCGGAUCACCAGUAGACAGGUUAGCAUACAAGGUGAUCAAGCUAGAGAUCAGCCUUCCACCUCUAGUACACACAAUAUGACUAAUCCUGGAGUUCUUGGCAGUAGUUUACCACUACUAAAUAUCACAUCGGGUUUGCCUGGUUGUAGCACAGCUUCAGAUACAGAUCACUUGAGUGAUUCAGGUGGAUCUGGGGAAUUAGGAGACACUUCAGGAAGAAUAGAAAGUGACUCGAGAGGACUAGGAAGUGCAUCAAGAGGGUUAGAACCUCUUGUGUCACUCUCCAGUAGUGCAACUAAUACCAUUGAUAAUGAUAGCUUGACUGGUAAUGCAGGUAGCCAGGACCUGGAUCAGUUAAGUCAGUCAUAUGUGCUUGAGCUGAAUGAUGAUAGUUCAGUUGGAAGUGAAAAUGCCCUGAGCUCUGGCUCUAUUGGUAAAGAUGAUUUGGUUGAUGAAGGACUUGACCAAAGAAAUUUUGAAAGUUUACCAACUAGUCACCAGUCAUUGCUUGAUCCUAAAAGGUUAACAGAAGACUCUUUGAAUAGCUCUCUCAGUUUAAGCCUUGCAUCUUCAGAGCCAAGUAGGGUGUUAGAAACAGAUGUUGCUGUGCCAGGGCCUUCUCACCAAUCUACAAUGACGCAGCACUUGCUGCCCUCUCAGCCUGAUCAGGUUUCUCUUCUGGUUGGUGGAGGGGAUGACAGUACUGAUGGAGCACUACUAAUGAUGGUAUCUUCAGACUCUCAUUCUAUGCACAGCAACCUCUCAAUUGAAAAACAGAUAGAGCAAGGUGAAGCCAGCAAUCUUGUUCCUAGCCUUAGACCAUCAGCUUUACAGAGUGUGCAAUCAGCAAGAGUGAAGAACACCGCAAAAGGUCUUGCAAAUGAUGAACCUAAUGGCAGAGGUGAGAAUGAAGUCAAUUCUGCCACUGGCCAAGAAGUAGAAGCAGGAUUCAUUGGAGCAGAUUUUUGGUGUGGGGAAUGUGAACAAACAUAUGCCCACGAAUGUCCACAACACCACUUACAAGAUGAAUCUGGAAAGCCUACAAAAACCCAGGCUUGGGUGUCCCUUCCUACACAACAGCUGGUGAUUCCCAAAAUUUCAAGUACAAAAGAUUGUGGUGAAUGUGAAGAGAUACAUGGUCAUGACUGUUCCCAGCACCACGUACAAGCCAUAUCUGACAAACCUGUCAGGACCAGAGCCUGGGCCUCUCUUCCUGCUCAACAUUUAUUAAUUCGCAAAAUUCCAAAUACAGAAGAUUUUGGUGUGUUUGCUCGCAAGUCCAUACCAAAGAGAACACAGUUUGGUCCCUUAGAGGGUGUUGUGAAAACUGAAGCUAGCGAGACUCCCCAUGGUCUUGUCUUCACCAUUAGUUCUGGAGAGAAAGUCCUGUAUAUUGAUACUUCUGAUGAAGGUUCCUCAAAUUGGAUGAGAUUUGUCCGGAAAGCAACAACAUUUUUGGAGCAAAAUUGUGUGGUUAUGCAAACAGAUGGAUCUCUCUUUUUCCUCACCACUAGUGACAUAGUACCUCGUGCAGAACUCAGAAUUGGAUACUCAAAGCAGUAUGCUGAUAAAAGGAACUUGCACAUCCUGGAGCCAACUGAAGAAGAGAUAAAAUUUUUAGACUCACUGAAGAAGUCAUGGCCUUGUUAUGAGUGUGAUGAAGGGUUUGAGUCAUCUGCUGAACUACAACAACAUUUAAUUUGUCAUGAUGAGGAGAUUGGGGAGGUUGAGCGCAAAAAACGCAGGAGGAUCAAGACAAGGCGGCCACGUGGUAAUGGAGAAAAUGAGGCAGGGAUGAAAAGGCUCAUUAAGAGAAUUAAGGUGUGUGGGGAAGGAAACUCUAUUGCUAGUACGUCCGAGGCAGGAGCUGGAGGAAGUGACUCUGGUCUAGUGGAAAACAGUAUUCAGCACAGCCAGUGUUUGAUAUGCAGUCUUGUCUUCACCAUGCCAGAGGUACUUAGAAUACACCAACAAAUUCACGAGCGCACUGACAUCAAAGAGGAAGAUGCUUCUGCCAUUACAUUGAAGGAGGAGGAUAAAACUUGCCCUCAGUGCAUCAAAGUUUUUGAGACUGAUGUAGAACUCUCCUGUCAUGUUGAGGAGCACGGCUUCCACCUCCCUGUCCAAACUAAACCUUACAAGUGCGACUUCUGUUAUAAAUCAUUUUUGCGACUAGAACGUUUGGAAGCACACACAGCAGUUCACGGAAAUGAAGCAGAGAAACCUUUCAGAUGUAACCUGUGCCUGAGACGGUUUUGUAGCAAUGCAGCCUUAAAUACCCAUAUCAAAUUUCACACUGAAGGCAGUAAAGGCUAUGACUGCCCCAUUUGCAGGGAAGGGUUCUUCUCCGUGGCCAGUCUGAAGGCUCAUGUAUCUACGCAUUGUAUAAACGGAAAGUAUGAAUGUCCUACGUGCAACAAGGUAUUCCCUACGUAUAGUAAAAUACGCCGCCACAUACGGUCAUACCAUGCUGUCAUGCCACAUACCUGUUCUGUUUGCAGUAAAGAGAUGCCUUCGAUUGACAAGCUAAAGAUUCAUAUGCUGAGUCAUUCAGAUCGGCGUGACUUCCUUUGUCCAGAUUGUGGAAAGAGGUUUAAACGGAAGGACAAACUUCGUGAACACUCGAAGCGCAUGCAUUCAACUGAACGUGAGGCCCGAGAUUCUAAAUCGGUUCCUAAAGCACCACCCAAGUUUGUCCCUAAGGUUGAUCCAACAGAUUAUAAACAAUUUGUGUACAAGUGCCACACAUGCCUUCUUGGUUUUAAAAGGCGAGGAAUGCUGGUGAACCACUUGGCCAAAAGACAUCCCAGUGUGGACCUGACAAGUGUACCUGAACUUAACCAACCCAUCCUCAAAGCUACACGAUGUUAUUACUGCCAGUAUUGUGAUAAAAUGUAUCGUAGCAGCAGCAAACGCAAGUUGCAUAUUCUUAAGUAUCACCCUGGAGCUGAACUUCCACCACCGUCCACUACCCACAAUGAGGGUGAAAGUGGUGAGGGACCAUCUUUUUCCCAAACUGUUGGUGCUACUACUACAUAUCCACACCCGUGUAAGUGGUGCUAUCGUCAGUAUACUUCAAGAGCAAGACUUGUGCGACACCAGCGCCACCAACAUCCAGUCCUUUGUGCUGACAGCCCAUCCCACAAAGAUUAUGCUCCUGAUGUUCCUGAGUCAGCAGUGAGUAAUGUUGAUCCCUUGCUAGAGGCUCCUGAUGGCUUGUCUGGAGAGCUUGCACUAAGAGGUCAACUUGUCACAGAUGGUAGUCUUCUACGUACUCCUCGCUUGGUGAGUUUGGCACGUGGAGAGCCAAGUACUUCUGGAGCAGCGGGAACAGAGGAUGACUUGCUGACUCAGGCAAUGGGAGAGAUUACUCCACUGGCAAGUGGAGAACAAUAUGUACGUUUAGUGGGCACUGGAACUGAAAGCCAGCAAGUUAUGGUAGGACCAACACAGACUGCUCGUCCCUUAUUGGUCCGCAGCGAUGGGGGACAGCAGGGAGCUGCUUUAACAUUAGUAACUGCUGACAGUCCAGAUACAGUAACCUUUUCUAUUCCAUCAGGGCAGUUUAUAUCCUUGAUUCCAGGGUUGUCUGUGACAGGCACUGCAUCAGCAGUAACCUCAACUUCCCGAUCACUUGCAAAUGGUGGAGCCUCAGUUAAUAUACACACUGUUGAUGCUCAGGAAGGGGUAGGAUCAAGUGGGGGAUUACAGUCAGAGUGUGUGUCAACCAUGAGAAUGACAUCUGCACUGGGCUCAUUAAAUGAUAAUGAAGCUGAAGCUGUUGAACAAGUGGUACUGGCAGCCCAUCAGCCACCAUCACCCUCCAACUCUGUAGUAUGGCAACAAGCUCUGACCUUCACCAGUGCACCUACCUAAGAUAAGAGCUCUUUAUCUUCAUGCAUCAUUCCAUUAAUGUAACGUAACACCAUUCCUUGCCUUCGUAUGUCUUACAUAAGGCUAAAAUUUUCAUUCUCAUGAACUGCAGGUACAGUAUAGAAACCAAGUAUUUCAGUACUUUAUCCAGUGUAAACCAAUUACUAUAAUUUUUUUAUGCACAUCUUUACUCGACAUAACUGCUAUUUAUUUUCAAUUUUUUUUUUUUUGGGGGGGGGGGAGGGGGGGCUGUAUUCAAUCUUAAGUUUUCAGCAGUUUGCUUCAAAUCUCAUUACUGAUAAUAUAGCUUUGAUGAGUUUUGAUUCUUUACUUCUGGAGCCCGACUAUGGGCCAGGCUCAUAAUCAUAAUGGUUUUUUUUUGAGUAUUUUUCACCUAUUAAUGGGGUUACUUUCAAAUUACCAGAAAAAUUAAGGUUUAUAUCUUUUUAAAUUAUUCAUGUAAUUAUUAUAUUGGGAAAGUGUUAAGCCCAUAAAGUGUUUGAGGAAUAGGAGGAGAUUCAGGUUUGCUCCGGGAAAGGAUAGCGUCAGUUCCUUGUAUCAAGAGACCAGCAUCAUUGCACCCCUCUUCCUCCCUGGAAAGGUUUGUGCUUAGUUAUGAAAUUUUUCAGUGUUUUGCUUAAUAUCACAUGCAUGCACUUCCAUACACACUGCUGGGCAUAAUGCAUUUUUAUUUUUUAAUAUUUGAAAAGUUGCAAGGAUUGUGUUGUCAUUUAAGCUCAGUAGGCACUCUUGAAAAAUUGUAUUCAUGUGAAGGGUUAUACAGUCCUACAAGAGGUGAGAUAUAUAUUUAAUGGAAGAGGGGUGGUGGCAGUGUUGUGGAAAAAAUACACUUUAUGCAGAAAAAUGUAAUAAUGCAAAUAGA